AUGACAAACUUGAAUCAGACUAAUGGGCUCGAGGACCCUUUCACAGGACCUCGAGCUGUUACUGUCCGUUCUUCCCGGUCCACCUCUUUUCGCGCGCGCGGUCAACGAACGAUGUCGGCCCUCAGCCAGACUCUGGCUUCACGCUUGAACAGUGCGAAGGCUCAAAGCAGACCUUCUCCAGACCAAAAGUCCUUUUCGGACUCCACUUCUCUUCCUCGAUCACCUGUUGCAAUUUAUUUUCCGCAGCAAAGCAGUAUCCCAGUGGCCUCAAACCUCACUUUGGAGCAAGGACGACCUGCAAUCAAUAGAAGCUUCUCUGCCAAUACAACACGUUCGAGCAGUGUCAAGAUCAGCGGUUCUCAGGUUGCGCCACGCAAAAGUACUUCAGGUCUUCCAUCGUCGUCAGUGUUUGCCAACAACAGCGACUUUAAAUCGGGGCCUCAGAGAAGCCUCUCAGGUCCCUAUAAGGCGUCAAGUCACCCUGCUCUUCGUUCCAAUGUACGAAAGAGCUCACUCGCAGCCAAUCUACCUGCCCGCGAAGUUGAAAAUAAACCAGUAGCGCGCCGCAGCACGUCAAACAGCACAGUCGCGCACACUCCUUCAAGCUCCCCAACCACUCAACGUGUCCUAGGGACAGCAGUCUCUACAAGUAUACUUGUUCAGACGCAUAGCUCAUCCUCGGUGCCUACUGUCGCUGCAGUCCAUCAACUUCCUCCGCUGCUCGCACCCCAAGUCCCGCACUUGAAAGCAUUCACCGUCUUCCCCCAGCUCCCUAUGGAGUUGCAACAAGAAAUUUGGUCAAUCGCUAUCGCUGUCCAGUAUCACCAGGAGAAGAGAUUCUUACGUGUUGCUCCUGACCCCAAAUCCCUCGAUCGGACCGAUGAUGAUGCUGAACAUAGCCAACUCCGCAUCAUCUCUGAUAUUCACCGUCGCCCACGCCUCGUCCCAAGUUUGCUGCACGUCUGCCAGCACACACGCCACGAGGCCAUCAAGGGUUACGAGCUUUGGGGUUGUACUGAUCCAAUCACGUACGAUACGAACGAUGCCAAGGUGUACGUGAAGGUUGACGUCGAUUCUUUCUUCUUCGGUGAUGCAGACCUGGAUGAUUUCUGGGUCUUGCACACCUUCUUCAAGGAGAGCGAACCUGAGAAUGCAGAUGCCGAUGACACAGCAAGAGGCAACUUCAUUGAGCAGAUUGGACUGAUCAAGCAUUUCACAUUUGACUACGAACUGUGGAUUCAGUUGCUUGAGUACGACGCUCUAUGGCUAGCCAAUCUCGAUUCUGCCAACCAAAUCACCGUUGCCAUCCGAAAUCCAAAUCACGAGCAGUUCGACAAGGACUAUGCUCUUUCACACGUAAAGACCAUCGCCUCCCACACCUUCAGAUAUGAAGCUGCGCAGAUCAUUAUGCAUAUGAGUCUGAGUUCCGUCGCAGCAUCAAGACAAGAGCUUCGGGGGUUGAAUUGGCCAGAGGGUGGACAUUUGGACUUGAACGUUCGGACUUUGUCGAUGGGCAAUACUAUUGGGAACACCUCCGAAGAUGAAUCAUAUCUCGAGGACGUAUUGAUUGAGGGCAACCGAGCCGGGCUUGUCUCUGACCAGUACCUUGAAGCUCGAUUGGCAGUAAUCCACGCCAAUGCUCCCCAAGCUCCUUCACCUCCAGCGGUAGGUCUUACUCAAAAUAACUAA